GCGUCUGGCCCGCCCGCGGCCCGCUUCUCUCGGGAGCCCCCACCCAGGUGCAUGGCUCCAUGAAGCAGGAGGAGGAGGCAGAGCGCGAGAGGUUCCGUCUGCCCCGGCUGCGUCUGGGCCAGGAGGAAAGGUACAGGAAGAAGGAAUGGAAUCGGAAGGAAGAAAAUUCAUUUCAGAGACAAAAUAGCUCCCCUCCUCUGUUAUAGCUGUUCCCCUGGCAAUACAAACUUUCUGCUUUCAGGUUCCGCAGCAUUCCAGACCUCAAGCACUGGUUCAGGAUGGGAAAAAGACGCUGCGUCCCCCCACUGGAGCCCAAGCUGGCAGCAGGCUGUUGUGGGGUUAAGAAGCCUAAGCUGUCUGCAGGUGGGACGCACGGUCACGGGAGCCAGUCCACAGCCGUCCCCGGCUCUAGCGCGGGGCCUCUUCAGAACCACCAGCAUGUGGACGGCGGCGGUGGUCGUGAGAAUGUGUCGGACUUAACUCUGGGACCUGGAAACCCUCCCAUCACACGGAUGAACCCCGCAUCGGGAGCGCUGAGCCCUCUCCCCAGGCCCAAUGGAACUGCCAGCACCACCAAGAAUCUGGUGGUGACCGCAGAGAUGUGCUGCUACUGCUUCGACGUCCUCUACUGUCACCUCUACGGCUUCCCACAGCCACGCCUUCCUAGAUUCACCAAUGACCCCUAUCCGCUCUUUGUGACGUGGAAGACGGGGCGGGACAAGCGGCUUCGUGGCUGCAUUGGGACCUUCUCAGCCAUGAAUCUUCAUUCAGGACUCAGGGAAUACACGCUAACCAGUGCACUUAAGGACAGCCGAUUCCCCCCCCUGACCCGAGAGGAGCUGCCUAAGCUUUUCUGCUCUGUCUCCCUCCUUACUAACUUUGAGGAUGCCGGUGAUUACCUGGACUGGGAGGUUGGGGUCCAUGGGAUUCGAAUUGAAUUCGUCAAUGAAAAAGGCGUCAAACGUACAGCCACAUAUUUACCUGAGGUCGCAAAGGAACAAGACUGGGAUCAGAUCCAGACGAUAGACUCCUUGCUCAGGAAAGGUGGCUUUAAGGCUCCAAUUACCAGUGAAUUCAGAAAAACCAUCAAACUCACCAGGUACCGAAGUGAGAAGGUGACAAUCAGUUAUGCAGAAUAUAUUGCUUCUCGACAGCACUGUUUCCAGAAUGGCGCUCUCCAUGCCCCGCCCCUCUACAAUCAUUACUCCUGACACACGGCUGCAUGACCAGUCCCACACCCCCGUGGCCACCAAUGGCUAUGACAUCAUUGGAGCAGAUGCCUCCUCUUCCUGGUCCAGUUACUUUUAUUACUGCACCAUUUUAUGAUGCUAGCUUCCGUUGCCAAGUCUGCCUCCAGCUGACUGAGGGGGGCGGGGUUACAUCGAAUGAAACAGAACUUGAGGGGCCCAAGCCUUAUCUCAGCCUUUCCUCAGUAUGGGGUUCCGUUGGAUUGGGGCUCCUCCAUGACUAGUGAGAAUUCCGUGUGGGUUCAGAAGACCUUGGCUG